AUGCACAUCCACGAGACCCGCAUCAAGCUUGCCUCGCUCGAAGAUCUACCUGCUGAAAUCAUCAUUUACAUUUCGCAGUUUCUCGAACUCGAGGACCUGCUCACGUGCGCCAAUGUGUGCCGCAGCUGGCACGCCGCGUGGACCUUUGGCGCCGUCACCGCGUCGGUGUGCUGUCGUUAUUUUGCUGGCUUGACGGAGAAGCAUGGCCUACCGCACUCGGACGGCCAGAGGCUGUUUUCUGCGAACGCGCGGCUGUACAUUGACAAGUACCUACGGUGUCGCCCGAAUGCGUACUUUUCAUCGCGAUGGUUCGUCGGCAGCAACGAGGCGCUGGGUGUCGAUGAUAUGCGUGAGGACGCUUUUCACCAGUCCGAGUGUCUGGAUUUUGGACUAGACAGCCCUCCGAUGUGCUACGAUGACGGCCUGCUAGCCUGGCAGCCGGAGGAUAGUUAUGUGGUUGUCAACGACCUCAGGACACUAGCCCGCAGCAGGUGUAGCUUCGGGGCAAGUCUUAUCGCUGGUCUCAAGUUUGCCGUGAACUCCAAAUAUGGAAUCAACUACGAGGCGAAUGGAGGCGGCUCUCAUUACCUGGCCGUUUCGCAAAAUGCUAUGCUCAUGACAGCACGGUAA